AUGCAACUUAAUAAUGGCUACUACAUUAUCAACUCCAUUGCCUCAAGAACAAGAACCCAUGGUGCAAGAUGGUCAGGCGGUGCAGUCAUCGGGAUCCAUCGGUCCCUUCUUUGCGGUCAUGUCGGUGAUGAUGGUCAUUGUGAUUCUUUCGUGUGUGGUUGGAAGGAUUUAUAGCAGACGGGAAGCGGAGGCACCGUUGGAUACGGUUUUGAAGCGUAGAGAUUAUUUUGGGUGGUUGAAAGGCAGAUUAGGGCGAUGGUGGUCGGCGCAUGGUGGUGAUAGUCACGUGAUUACACUUGCCGGAAAAGGGGCGGCUGAAGACGGCCGUGUAUAGACGAUAGAUACAUUUCUUUUGGUUAUGGUGCAGUUUGUUCAUUAGGUACAAAUUGUAAUCAAAGUGGUUAACGUUUUCGAGUAAUUUUUCUUUUUUAUAAUCGUGAAUAUUUGAAUC